UCAGAACAGUUUCCCGUUCAAGAUGGCGGCGACCUUGUGUUUAAAAUUACUACCGAAACAGGGAUGGCUUCCCCUGGCUCAGCAUGUCCGCCACGGCUCCAAGGCCGUGACUCGCCACAGAAAACCAAUGCACAUACUCAGACAGAAGCUCAUGGCUGUUACAGAGUAUAUUCCUCCAGUGAGGGUCAUCCCUCCAGGCGCCUACGAGUCCCAAACCAAACAAGCCCAGGAGCAGGAUACUGCGUUCACGUUACUUUUGAAGAAGAAUCUGAAGAACUUGUUUCAGGAGUCUAAGAUGAUUGCUGUGGCCCAGAACAACGCCAGCACUGCUGAAGAUAUGAUGAUUCUCAAGAACAGGCUUUACAAACAUGGCAUCAAUGUCAAAUUCUUCCCCAACCAGGUGACACUUUCUUUCCUCAAAGGCAGUAUUUACAGCAACAUGGCACCUCUGUUCAUUGGUCCAACAGUGCUGUUUGUUAGUAAAGAGCCAAAGGUCAGCGAGAUGCUGAAGACUCUGAGGUCCAGCCCACAGAUGACGUUACUGGGAGCCUGUAUAGACAACACAUUACUAAGUGUAGAGGGGAUUGUGAACUACUCCAAACUGCCAACAAUGACUGUUGUCCAGGGUCAGCUGCUCAGUGGGCUAAUGAUGCUGACAUCCCACACUUCCUCCAUGCUGCAGCAUCACCCAGCACACUUGUCGGCUCUGCUACAGCAGCACAUCAAGCAGCAGAGCCCCGACAGCAGCAUGGAGGCAGGUCCUGCAGCGGAGAAGGCCACAUAGAGCUUGGGACUUUUCCUUUCCUCAGAACAGUGAGGAACUGUAGACUCGGAUGAACACCUUAACAUUUAUUUUAAUUUGAUAGCAAAGUUCCGGGCAGUUUUUGGGACUGGGAAAAAAGUCUGCACAAUAUUGCAAACAUUUGUAAAUCUUCUUGUGUGCAUCUGCUCUAUGAGCAAUGAAGAUUCUUUGGACAUGGCAGGUUUCAGUGGAAUUAAACUUCCUGAUGACGUCUUGAUUGGACCAUACCGCAAACAUCUCACUCUGACUUUAUUUAAGGGGAUAUAAAUAAAUAAUGUUAAAUUCA